GAUAUGAAUAGAGUCAUACAGCACGGAAAAGAGUAAUACCAUUGCUGCUCAGUCCAGGAAUCAGGAGUCCACCAGACGUCAGCACCAGCUUCUAACACGGGGACCUGUGCUCAUGUUUAUAUUCUUCCCCCACCCCAAGACUGAUUGACACUAAAUCUCAGAGAUGCCAAAAGGCGAUUACAUCGUGCCAGGAUCUUUUGGAGCUCGGAGAGGUGGACUCUACCUCAAAUCAGAAGAGAUUAUUGGCAUUGUUCUUCUGGUUAUAAUUCUUGUAUUUCUAUUGAUAAUUGGAUGCUGGUACUACAAGAAACGUAAUGGAUACUUAAUUCUCCAGAACCGACACUUGUCUAAUGCGGUUAUGGGUUCUUUGAUGGCAAGAUACCAUGACAGUGAAGAAGGAACCCCACUGGAGAAUAAAGCAUCAUUGAAUGAUUUCACGAAUUCAAAUCUGAUUCCAAAUGCUCCUCCUCCAUACGAGAAAAAUGCUUCAGGACAACUUCCACCAGAAUAUUCCCUUUAAAUUGUUAUUAAUCCAGUGCUUCUGAUGAGUUAUUAUCCCAAGCUUGGUUACACAGCAAUGUAAUCUUUGUUUUCAUUUCACAUUAGUUGCUCAAUAAUGAUUUUUGCAUUAAAUAAACUGAAAUUAAGUAA